GGGAGCGUAGGAGGCUGAGACGGCAGCGGCGGGGGGGGGGUUGUACCCAGGUCCCAAGGCAAAGGCGCUUCCCAGCUGGUCCCUGCAGGGUUCCGAGUCGGUCUGGGGAACCCCUCUGCUCACUCCCCUUUACCAAUCCGCAGUGGGGCCGUUGCAUUGUUUUGGUGGGGGUAGGAAAGGGGCUCAGCUAAGGGGGAGCUGCUGCCUGGCCUGUGAGCAUUACAGAUAAAGCAGCUAUGCCUGUUCAGGUCAUUGAUGGCGCACCCGAAACUCUACUACCAAGCCACCUGCAGAAAGUGGAUUUAAAAUACCUACAAUGGGGUUGUGAUCAGGCCAACAAAUACUUUCAGGGAACAGUUAUUCUCUCCUACCCUUUAACUAAACUUGUAAAUGGAACAGAAUUUUUCAAGAUUGUACUUCAAGAGUCAGAGAAUUCAUGUUCAAAGACCAGCACCAUCAAUGUUUUAUUCUUUGGAAGGUUGGCAGACGAUUGUGGGAAAGUUGUACAUCAAGGGGACACCAUGGUUGUAGCUGGAUUUAAUGUGGCUAAGUCACCUUCUGCAAAUGAAGAUGACCGACACUGCUGUCAUCUGGAGGUAUCUGAAGAUGCAGGAUCAGCCGUUUAUAUAUAUACUAAGCCAAGUACAGUCACUGCUUCAGAAACAGCAUCCAUGCCUGUUGCACCAAAAUACACAUACACUCCUCUGAAUCAUCUUAAAGGCGGAACUAUAGUCAACUUGUAUGGUGCUGUGAAAUUCUUCAAGCCCCCAUAUGUAAGCAAAGGAACGGAUUAUUGUUCAGUUGUAACAAUUGUGGACCAAUCAAAUGUGAAAUUAACAUGCACACUUUUUAAUGGAAAUCUAGAUGCCCUUCCAAAAAUCUACAAAAUUGGAGAUAUUGUUCGAUUUCAUAGAAUAAAGAUCAGGGAAUACAAUAAACAGAUGCAGGGGAUUACUGGUAUUGGCUUUGCAUCGUUGACAUUUGAUGGAACCGUAGGAGCACCGAUAGUGCCUCGAACCUCUAGUAAAUCGUACUCUUUCACAGAAGAAGAACAGAAAACAAUAGAAGAACUACGUACGUGGGCAGCUAGUAAUCUUUCAGUCUGUGGGCCAACAGCAAAAUUGUCUGGUAUCCAGCCAAUGCUGUUUUUUGACCUUACUUGCCAACUUGUAGGGAAAGCAGAAGUGGAUGGAUCUUCCUUUCUUCUCAAGGUAUGGGAUGGUACAAAAUGUCCCCACCCGUCUUGGAAGGUUCUUGUGGAAGAAAGUGACCUUGAAGGAGAUAAAGUUCUCAUCCAUCGGCUGAGAAAUCUGAUUGUAGACAUUCUAGUUUACGAUAACCAUGUGAAACUGGCAAAAUCACUGAAGGUUGGAAGCUUUCUGAGAAUUUACAGUCUGCAUACAAAACAAGCCAGUGCUGAGAACCAGCCUGAUGUUUCCUAUGUAGAAUUUCAUCUUCAUGGUGGCACCUGUUAUGGUCGAGGAAUUAGGGUCUUGCCAGAAAAUAAUCCAGAUGUCAAAGAACUAAAAGCAUUCAUGGAUUCUGUGAAUCUCACAGAGUCUCAAAAUGUGGAGAGCAUGUCUUCAAUGGAAUUGGAUGGCAUUUUUGGCAAUCUAUCAUUAUUUGGGAGAUACAAGAUACAUAUGGACCUAUUAGACCAGAAAACAAUAUUCACUUAUUCUUCUAUCUCACAGCAGAAGUUUGUCAUGCAAAUGGAUGUUUGUCAUAAUGCAUGGCAAGAAGUUCCAGAUGGAGAUGAUUUUGACUUAAUAUUAAGAGACUGUGCAGCUUCAGCUCCAAAUCCAGAAGUACAUAAUUCAUUGUGGUAUGAUUGUGAAGUGUGGGAUACAGAAAAUCAGGGGCAAAGAAAAAUAGCUGUUCAUUUUGUAAAACAUGAUGAGCUGCUUCAAGAGCCAGAAGAUACUUUGAUUAUGGUACAAGGGGGGACGCUAAAAGAAAUCAGAAAACUUUCAAGAAGAUUUAAAUGUAUUAUACCUGUGAGAUCAACGAAAGAAGAUCUUGAGUUACUAGACCUUUCAGCUCCCUUCCUUUUGCAAGGGAAAAUAUGGCAUUAUGGGUGCAAACAGUGUUCGAAUCAGAAGACUAUCCAGAGUCUCAGUUCCCUUGCAGAAGAAGAACCAUCGUGGGAGCCAACUGAAAUAGCACGAGUUUUAGGUAUUGAGCCACUCCAGUAUGUCUUUGUUAUGAAGUUUACACUUGAUGAUGGCACAGGAGCACUGGAUGCAUACCUCUUUGACUAUGAAAAGUUUUUCCAGAUUCCUGCCUCCGAAGUCCUUACCAGUAGUCUUCUUCAGGAGAAGAUGGAAAUGAUCAUGAAUAUACUUUGUCCUUCAGGAACAAAACUAGAUGACUUGCCAUGGUUGGAAUGCUUCAUCAGGUCUUAUAAUGUCAAAGAUGGAAUGGAACAGCAAGUUUGCUAUCAAAUUUUUGACACUAUGGUUGCUGAAGACGUUAUCUAGUGAUAUGUAUUGCAAUUUAAGAGACAUGCAAUUUAUCGACAUUAUCGAUUACAAAAAAGUUUUGAAGCUAUAAACACCAUACAAGGUUUUGUAUAACAUUUAGUGUAUCAUGUUCUGUCUUGAGAAAUAUUAAUCAGGAAAACAAAUGCCUUUUUCUGCAUCUCACUUGUGCAUGAAGGUUUUAGCUCUUCUGUUCUUGAAUUAAAAUGAAUUGGACAUAUGCUAAGAGGUAUUUAUUACUUGCUCUGGGCCCAACCCAAUGAGUCAAGUGGCAGGUAAGGUGCUCAGCACUUCAUGGGAUUGGUCACUGCGUGGUUGAGACUGUUAAAAGUGGUUUAAUAUCCAAACAUUCCAAGCUAUUACACAAUUGAAAAUUAUCAAUAAUGUUACUAAAUUCUGCUGUGACCCACAGAGUCAAAUUUAAAGGGACAUUGUAAAAUGUAAACAUGUUUUGUAAUGUAUGAAGAACAGUCAGCAUGAUUAUGCUUUGUUUAUUUAUCUAUUUUAAUACAAAAGAGUAAGUGAUUUGAGAACAGCUGUGGAAACAGGGCUCUUCCAUUAAAUUGUAUUCCCUCACUUUAUUCUGUACAAAUCUAUUUUAGGGUUCUGAAAAACCAUGGGUUUUUUCCUUACUUUAAUUUCUCAUUGAUAUGUAGAUUGUAGCGAGCUCUUCCUGCAGUCCUUAUGUGUGCAAGUAGUGUAAUUGACCUCAGUGGAGCUAUUUGCAUGAGUUAGAAUUACUCAUCUGGUUAAGAAUCAUAAAGUCAGUCCAUAAAAGCAGGGAUAUUUAAAAUAUUAAAAUGAAUACUAAUAUUUAUUAGAUUAUAAGGAUGGUAAAGUCAGACAUAUUUGGGGCCAUAUCUGACAUUGCUGCUCCUUUAAAUUGUAUGUGUAUUUGCAGAGGUUCUUGCACAUAGUUUGGCUAAAUUUAGUGUCCGAUUAUACUGUCUCGAUUGCUUUUCUCUUUUGUAUAAUUGGAUUGGAUGGCUAAAUUUAGAGACAGCAUUUUCAGGCCAACAAGUGACUAGUUGGCUACCACAGUGGAAAAAAAUUGCGUGCUUUUACCUUGCAUUCUAAAAUAUUUACCCCAAAUUCAGAAUAAUUUUCUAGAGAAUAAUUUAAAUGUAAAAAUUCUUGUUAGGGGACUAUGCUUCUUGUCAUCAAAGGAAAAAAUCACAUAACAUUGCACGGAAUAUUUUUUUUAAAUAGUGCUCAUAGUUGACUAGUACUUUGAUACUAAAUACAAAUGAUUUUACAGUGUUCUAAGAGAUGAUUAGUAGAAUAAGCGAUUAUAUCCACUUACAGUUUCAUCCAAAUGUCAGUAGAUUUUGUGGGGUACUUUAAAAAUCACUCUGGGCCAUAGAAACAAUGAGCUAUGACCCUAGAAGUUUAUCAAUUAUCAUGUGGGUAGAAGGUGCGUUAACAUUGGAAGCCGAUGGUUCACUUUCAAGGAGAGGAGAAACUGUCAGCCUCAUUGAAUGGGACCAUCAACUUGCCAAGCAAGGAACAACACUGGCAUUAGUUCUGAAAGCAGCUGCUUACCUACCCCUGGCCUGAUGAGAGAUACUGAUAAAUGAAUUAUUUUUAAGACUUGAACACCUACGUGGGUGUCCAAAUAAUUUCAGUGGAAUUUAACUCCUGAAGCGCUCAUCCAUAAGAAAUAUACAAGGGUUUGUUUGCUAUGUAAUGGGUAGUUUAAUCACAAAAACUAUAGAGCCUGUAUUUCUGGUUGUGUUACAUGACAUCACAAACCAUAUUAUGCACUGCCAAUCAUUAGUAGAAAGUAUGUGUUAAAUUGUAAAUGUUUUUUAAUGUAAAUAAAAAGUCAUGUUCCUGUACAUCAUUGCAGAUAUCUAUUUUAAAGUAAACCUUUUGAAAAGUAAUAGAUCAGAAUAUAUAAGGCUCACACUUCAGUGUAAAUUUGUUUUCACCAUCUCUAAUGUUUUUGAUUUGUGGCAGAACAUUUUCAAGUCAUUUUAUGAUUGUAGAUAUGGCACUUGAAGUUGUCUGGCUAUUGAAUAUUGUAAAUAUUUAGCUGAUUAAUGAACAUGAUUUAAAAUAAUGAGCUCUUUGCUCACACUUAACUUUUGGAUAGCUAUUUACAAAACCUCUCUGCUGCCAAUGGCCUUUAUCCAGCAGAGCACAUUCUUAGAUAAGUUUGUUGAAUUGGAACCUAAAUAGCUAAAUGUCUUACCAGAUGUAUUUUAUGAGAUUUUCAGUGCUCGUGGAAGAUGUUGAAUUUCUCAGAACCGAAGACCACGGUUCACAAAACUUGUCUCAAUGUUGACCUUCUGGAUCCUUCUUCAGGAGUGAUUGAGCUGUGUUUCAUCUCCAUGACUGUUUUAUUCCUUAAUGCUUAUGUGGAGACUGCCAACUUGGAAGCCAAUUGCGAUAGUAGCUUCUGUGAUGCAGGCAGUUUCCACUCUGAUCUGAAUUGAGAGCACAAACUCACUCCAACUUACUGUAGGCCACAGCUGUUACAGUAAUGACUUUCAUUCACUACUGACCUGGACCAGAUACCAUCUUCUGCAUAGAAGCAAGAAAUUUCAUCUCCCAUUUUCAGUCUCUUGGUCACAUUUCUCUAGUUUCAGAAACACAUUUUAAAAAUAAAUCAAAACUGCCUUUCUGAAUUGAGUGAAUGAGAUUGCUGAGAUCCAUCGGUGUUAUAGUAGUUAUCCAUAGAAUUAAUUUAUUACAGACGUUUAAAAAUGUUAAGUUUACAUUUGAUAUAAUUAAUGUUGGAAAAAUCAGAAUGCUUUGAAUGGUGAAUCUGAUAUCUGCGAUUUCUCAUGGAAUGCAGAAAAUUUCAUUUAACAUCCCCCACUUUCUCUCCACUCCUUCUGCCGCCCUUUCCUCCUUCCCCUCCCCCCCCCAACCCCCAAUAUUCAGUGCUUCACCAUUUAAAAAUUAAUUGCUUGCUUAUAAGGGAUCAUCAGUUCUCUGAUGCUCUCUUCAUGCUCAGAUCAAAAUAAAACAGCUAAUUUGAGACCACUCUUCCGUCAUAAAUUCAGGAUGUUCUCCAUAUGUUUAGUUUUCACUGUCUGUGAGGCAUAUUUUGGAAUCUGCUUUAAAUGUUCAUGGAUUUUUUUUUUGUUGCUACCUCUUCCACAUAGGUUUCCAUUUCUACUUUGGCUAAAAUUUGGCAAGAAUAACUUUUAUUAUGCCAACCAGUUUAUAAAACACAUGUUUUGAAGCCAUAAAGAGCUUUGUCUUUUGGUGUUAGCAAGUUUCCUGUUUGGCCAGUGUGGCGAGCUGAUCAGCACAGGUGACCAUGCAGAG